AGAUCCAGCCACCUAGCAACAACAGCAACAACAAAGCCAGACAACGACAACAACACAAUUACGUUAAUUUAUAUUGCUCUGACAUGAUCCGUUAGUUUACCAGCUACGUAAUCGCACACACUCUCUGUUUGUGUAGUGAUUUGGGGCUGAGAGCCAAACGUGCCGUUAUUUUCCAUUCAUUCAAGUUUAGCCUACCUCCCUCUCGCUCUGUUACAUAAAGUCCUUGUGAGCACACACUUCCGUUGCCCCAUCUCGCUCUUUUCGCAUUGCGUGAGAGAGAGAGAGAGAGAGAGAGAGAGAGAGAGAGAGAGGGAGGGGGAGAGUGAGCGUGAGCGUGAGCGAGCCUGCAAGUGUUGUUGCAACCCACUAGGAAAUGCACUCACUGUCAAGAUCAAUGCAAAAGGAGCUUAAUAAUUGUGUUCAAAUUUAGAAAAUCCACUCAUUCAUUCAUUUAGUUAUCGUGCAGCGUUCGGAGAAUACGAAUAUCAAUCACAGUGCACAGCACAGGUCGAGAUUGCAAAUAAUGUGGCAUAGGCUCAAGGUGCUCGUCACCCGCUACCCGAUAAUGCGCGGCAUGAUAUCGUACAGCCUGAUCUGGCCCACGGGUAGCCUCAUCCAGCAGACAGUCGAGGGCAGGAGCUGGGGCACCUACGACUGGUGGCGCGUCCUGCGCUUCAGCAUGUACGGCGGCCUCUUUGUGGCACCCACACUUUAUGGCUGGGUCAAGGUCUCGAGCGCCAUGUGGCCACAGACAUCGCUGCGUACGGGCAUCAUCAAGGCGGCAGUGGAGACGGUAUCCUAUACGCCCGGUGCCAUGACCUGCUUCUACUUCAUCAUGAGCCUGCUGGAGUCCAAGACGGUGGAGGAGGCGGUGGCCGAAGUGGGCAAAAAGUUCCUGCCCACCUACAAGGUGGCUUUGUGCGUGUGGCCGCUGGUGGCCACCAUUAACUUUAGCCUGAUCCCCGAGCGCAAUCGGGUGCCGUUUAUAAGCGCCUGCAGCCUCUGCUGGACAUGCUUUUUGGCCUACAUGAAGCAUCUGGAGCACCACGAGGUGGAUGGUGCUAUUUAGAGUUGUAUUAUUGUACUUUAUUUAAAUAAUUCAAUUAAAUUAAGAAUUUUGUAGAACUGUAUAGGAAUAUAAUCGAUAGCAAAGAGGAGAUUGUUAUCGAUAAGGCAAGGUGCUGCAAUCGAGUGUCCGAUAAGGCCAUGUUUGUUAAUAAAGUGAGGCUCCUCAAUUAAAACACUUUAAUAUUAAGUAAAAGCGUAUACAUAAUUAUAUAUUUAUUAAAAACUAUCUUUAUUUAAGUCAUUACAUUGUU